UCCUCUUUCUCCAGUCCCCAUCCCCACCCCCGCCGCUUCACUUCUCCCCUCUCGGUCUCUCCGUUCACGGCCGGCCGUGCGUCCCCGGCUAGGCCGGCGAGGGUGGCAGCGCGUCCCCGGUCGACGAGGGGUCGCAUCCCACUCCAUCUACGAGGCCCUGUACGUCCACGUCCAUCCAGGCAUCCACUGCGCUGACCAGUACAUCCUCGUCAAGCUGUGCAGCAAGGCUCCCCAGUCCCCGAUCAAGAAGCAACUGAGCAGGGUGAGGAAUAUGCGGCGCUUGAGCUUAGGCAAUAGGGAGGCUUCCAAUUGUUCAGAUCAGGCAGUGAGUGGUGCUACCUUGCCCAGAUGCAGUACAAGGUCCUCAUGUUCCCAACAACCUAAUCAUUCUCCUAAUUUGGAUGAGGAGAUUUUGGAGGAGGAAGAAACAUCUGAGGAAAUCUGGUUUCGUGGUCCUACACGUGUGCCACCACAACCUACCCGAGAGGAGGACAAACCUGUGCUGACUCCAGUAGGAGACAGGCAAUGGCGAGCAAAUGAUUAUGGAGGCAACAUUAGGGUCCCCAAUAGCAUCCUGACAUUACUUCUUAAACAAUGGUUCCCUGGCAUUGUCACAUUGAAGGGUAAAGAGGAGCCAGCAUGGAGUUGGAAACAUUACAGGAUAGCGCCGGAUACUCCAAGAAGCAAUCAAAUACGGCUGCCAAGCUGUCUCCAUCGUGUUGAGGAAGACUUCUGGCUUUACUUCAGGUGGGCAGAGGGAAAAGAACAAGAAGCUAGAAAGGUUGUCCACAAUUGUGUCAAGGGCCUUGUUGAUCGCUUGUUUUAUGAAACUCGCAUCCUAGCUGUGCUUAAUUACCAAAGGAAAAUCCUGAAGGUGAACACUUCCAGAGAAAUCGCAUGCAGAACUUAUCUUACAGAGAGCGAGUACCUAAAGGUAGAACCAUGGUGGUUCCUGAAUUCAGAAAAUGCAUGGCGGGAGUUGAUACGAUUGCGGUGGUGUAAUCCAAAAUGGCAGGCUGUCUCACGUGCUCAUAGGAUACGGAGGGAGAAAAUGAAAGGGCCAUCUCACCGCCAAGGCAGUGCUAACUUGAGCCGUUACCAAAAAAAUUUGGAGAAGAAGAAAAAGCGGCCAGUUGCUCCACUAGAGGCCUACACAGAAGGAAGGAGGGAAAAUCGAGAGGAUGGACAAUUCAGCUGUGACCCGCGUGUAGCUGAGAAGCUUGAGGCCUAUGCUGCAGCUUAUGUUCAGUUGCAUGGGCCAGAAAAUGAUUGGCGCACUUCUCCCAUUGAUCCUGUCGCUGUGCACAUGGCUGGUGGUGGAAAGAAACAUGGCCGUUUCAUGAUUGGUGAUGGACUCAUUGACUCAUCAGCAGUGUUUGGUGAUAAUUCGCGUGAUGAUCAACGCCCUCGCAGAAGAUUGAGGACAGAUCAUGACAACACAAACCAGGUUGAAGACCUUCUGCGGCAACUACAAGAGGAGCGCGAGGCAAGGGAGCGAGAGCGUGAAGAGAGGGAGCGUGAGAAGGAGAGGGAGCGGCAGGAGAAGGAGCAGGAGAAGGAGUGUGAGCGUGAAGAGAGGGCGCGAGAGAAGGAGCAGGAGCGUAAGGAGAGGGAGGAAGAGCGCAAGGAGAGGGAGUUGGAAAAGAUAGCCUCUCAACAGAAAUCAGCAUUCUUUGAAGCUGCUUUAAGGGUGAUACAAAGUAAGCUGAACAUAGACUUGUCAGCUUCAGGCACACCUCCCUUACCUGUCAUGUUGACUCACCUAGCUUCGUCUGGACCUGUGGCUUCGAAUGGAAACUCAGGCCCCAACCAUGUUGGGGUUGGUGCUGCAUCUGGUGCAAUUGUCAACUUUUAGCAUGACAGCGGACUAGUUGUACAUUCCUAAAACUAUGGAUAUAUUUUGUAACUAAACUGACCUGGAUGGUCAUGGCCAUGAACUUGGAUAGCUGUUGGUUGUGGUUGUCUCACUAAGUAGUCUUUUGUUAAUUAUGUAGGUUUACCUGAACUUUAGGCCACAUGGAACUCUAGUAGAUGUUCGCUGUGUCUGUUGCCUUAGGUUGGCUGCCUGUUGCCUUUUGGUCAUAUAUGUUGCCAUGUUGGCAUGCGCUGGAACUUGUGAACUGGAAGUUCGGUUCUUUUGGUCAUAUAUGUUGGCAUGCACUGGAACUUGUGAACUGGAAGUUCCAUACUUUGGUCA